UUUUAAAAUUAGACAAUCAAAGAUUCCCCCAAGGCUAUAUAAAGAAGAAAAACUAAAACUAAACCAAAAAUUACAAACACACUACACUACAUCUUUAAUUCAUAUCUAUAGUUAAGCAAGUUCUUAUGGAACUUCACAACCUUCUUUCUUAUACCACCUUCAUUUCCUCCUUUCUCUUUCUCUUUGUGCUACUCAAAAUAGUUAAGAGAUGGAGUUGUAACAAUUCUGCUGUCAAUUUACCACCAGGACCAUGGACACUACCCUUCAUAGGAAAUAUACAUCAAAUUAUCACCAACUCACUGCCUCAUCACUGCUUCAAAAAUUUGGCUGAUAAAUAUGGACCCUUAAUGCACCUAAAACUAGGAGAGGUAUCAUGCAUUAUAGUUAGUUCACCAGAAAUUGCCAAAGAAAUUUUGAAAACACAAGACCACACCUUUUGUAAUAGACCAAACCUUCUUUUGUCAACAAUACUUACUUACAAUGCUACAGAUAUUUCCUUCUCCGCAUAUGGAGAACAUUGGAGGCAAUUGCGAAAAAUAUGUGUUUUAGAGCUAUUAAAUGCAAAGCGUGUCCAAUCAUUUAGGUCCAUAAGAGAAGAAGAGGUUUCGAUACUAGUUAAAUCGAUAUCUGCUAGCGAAGCUUCAGUUGUUAAUCUCAGUGAUAAGAUUUUCUCAAUGACAUGUGGGAUAACGACGCGAGCAGCUUUUGGGAAAAAGAGUAGACACAUUGAAGAGUUCAAAUCAGCAAUGGAUCAAUCAAUAGGACUAUUAGGAGGAUUUUUUAUUGCUGAUUUGUAUCCUUCUAUUAAAAUGCUUCAAAGGGUGAGUUCAGCAAAGACUAAAAUGGAAAAACUUCAAAGAGAUUCUGAUAUGAUAUUGCAAGACAUUAUCAAUGAUCACAGAAGUAGUCACAGAGAAGAAAACAAGGAUGAAGAUCUAGUUGAUGUUCUUUUGAAGAUUCAACGAGAAAAUGUUCACUCACAACACCCGUUGACUGAUAACAGUAUUAAAGCAGUCAUUCAGGACAUAUUCACUGCUGGUAGCGAAGCAUCGUCGGGGAUUGUUUUAUGGGCAAUGUCUGAGAUGGUAAAGAAUCCAAAGGUAAUGGAAGUAGCACAAGCUGAGGUAAGAAGCGUAUUCGAUAAAAAGGGGUAUGUGGAUGAGACAGAGUUGCACCAAUUGAUAUACUUUAAGUCUGUCAUCAAAGAAACAUUAAGGAUGCAUCCUUCUAUACCAUUGUUGCUUCCAAGAGAAAGUAGGAAGCAAUGCCAAAUCAAUGGUUAUGAUAUCCCAAGUAAGACAAGGGUCGCUGUCAACGUAUGGGCGAUUGGAAGAGAUCCAAGGUAUUGGGUUGAAGCUGAGAGUUUUAAACCCGAGAGGUUUAUUAAUAACCCAAUUGAUUUCAAAGGUACGAACUUUCAGUACAUACCAUUUGGUGGAGGGAGGAGGAUGUGUCCGGGCGUUGUGUUUGCCUUGCCUAAUGUUGAGUUGCCUCUUGCUGAGUUACUUUACCACUUUGAUUGGAAGCUUCCAAAUGAAAUGAAGAUCGAAGAAUUGGACAUGACCGAGUCAUUUGGGAUUACGGCCGGAAGAAAAAAAGACUUAUGCUUGAUUCCUAUUACUCGUCGUCUUUGAUAUGUUACAUAUGUAUUGCCUAAGAAAAAAAGUUUGUAUUCUCAGUUUUU